UACUAGAAGAAAACACAAAGGGAGAGAGAAAUAGCAAACUAAGCUUCUUUUGCUUCUAAUUGUCUCUCUCUAUCUAUAAUAUCGAGUUUAAUCUUUGAAGCCAUGAUCAGAAACGUGGGAUUGAGGAUUGGCUGGACAUUCUUCACACUCUUCAUCUGUAUUCUAAUAAGUCUGCUGGUGCUUCUUCUGCACCACACAAGUGCGGCAAAUGCACAGCCCUAUCCACACAAGACCUGCAACUUUUUCCGAGGAAGUUGGAUUAAAGAUGAAACUUAUCCUCUCUACAACUCAACUCAUUGUCCUUUCAUUGAACAUGAAUUCAACUGCCAAGGAAAAGGUCGCCCUGAUAAAGCUUACCUUAAUUACAGAUGGAAGCCCCAUGGUUGUUCCUUAACAAGAUUUGAUGGACGAGCAUUCUUGAAGAAAUUCAAAGGAAAAAGCAUCAUGUUCGUAGGAGAUUCUCUCAGCAGAAACCAGUGGCAGUCACUUGUUUGCCUUCUUUACACAUCAGAGCCAAAAGCCAAUUAUAAUGCAACCAGAGUUGGCGAUGUCUCCAUUUUCACCUUUUUGGAUUUUGGAGUGAAAGUGAUGUUGGACCGGAGUGUAUAUUUGGUGGAUGUUGUGAGGGAAGAAAAAGGCAGAAUUUUGAAACUAGACUCAACCGAGGGUGGCAAGUUAUGGAAAGGAAUUGACAUGCUCAUAUUCAACACUUGGCAUUGGUGGAACCGCAGAGGAGUCGCUCAACCAUGGGAUUACAUUAAAACAGGAGAAAAAUACUACAAAGACAUGGAUCGUAUGGUUGCUUUUGAGAAGGCCCUACAUGCAUGGGCCAAGUGGAUCGACACCAAUAUAGAUCCUUCAAAACAAUUGGUUUUCUUUCAAGGAAUUUCACCAUCACAUUACAAUGGUACUGACUGGAAUCAACCAGGCGUGAAAUCAUGCUCGGGACAGAGGCGGCCGCUAAGUGGAUCGAUAUAUCCAGCAGGUCUACCUCCAGCAUUAGGGGUGCAGAAGAAUGUGUUGAGAACAAUUAAGAAGCCAGUGACAUUGCUUGAUGUGACCAACCUUUCAUUACUACGUAAAGAUGGGCAUCCUUCAAUUUAUGGAAUGGGUGGGAGAACAGGAAUGGACUGCAGCCAUUGGUGCCUAGCAGGAGUUCCUGAUACUUGGAAUGAAAUACUCUAUAACCUUAUUCUUUGACUGCUAUUUUGUACCAUAUUAAUUCUUCAAACACUUCAAUGAUUCAUGGAACCACUGAAAAACAAAAGAAUUCGUUGUCAUCAGCGAGAAUUUACCUGAGGAAAAGUUGAGAAAAUAAUAAUAGCACUACACAAUUUCUUGACAAA